AUGAAAAGCCUCCUGUUGAAUUGGAAAGGUAUACUGCUUGUUGGGCGCAAGAAGGGAAAGCCAGUUGACGAAGAAGAGAUUGAUCUUCCAAGUAGGGACUCGAAUUCGCACUCCGUUGAGCUUUUGAAAAGCAUACUUCAGCUGAGCGAGCGAGAUUUUGCUGAGCAGCGCGCUCACAUUGAGCCCUAUCUUGGUGCAUAUGUAAAUUUUAUAAUGAGCAACUUGGAACAUCUGCCAUCCGAGCUGCUUACUAUUCUGAACGAAUCACCUGCGGAGAAUGGUACUGUCUUAAGUUCGAGUACGGAGGCGCAAGUGACACAGGAUUCAAGACCUGGCUCAGAUGCAUCUCCUAGAUUGCUCAAACCAUGGCCUGAAACGUGGUUCAAGUUGCUAAGAGUGAUGCUGGACAUCCUAUCUUAUAGCCCAGAGACGUAUCGGCGAGGGCCCGAGCUGAACGCUAUACGAGAUGGUCUCAUCGGAAAGGGGGUUCUUAAAGCAGACGUAGACCUUCAAAGAGCCUCUCAACUUGUGCUCCGCGUUUUCGGUUGGUUGACGAUGCUGUUUGAGCCACCUCUCGAGUAUGAAGAAAAUGGGGAGACCUCUUUUUCGCCAACAAAAGACUCAUCGAAGGUGCCUCAACCGGGAUUGAGAAGAGCAAAUACCUGGACACCUCGCCCUAUUGCAGUCAAGUUCUAUGAUGAGAGACCGCUUGUUGAUACUGUCCACCACAUGCUGAGAGGAUCGCCCUUUCCCCAGCCCUUCACAGCUCCGUCAGACCCACUUAAAGGUUGCAAUCUAAGCUAUUAUACGCUUUCGAAGCUUGCUGGACUCAGGAUCCAUUGGACAGAGUCGCUCGGACGACAUCUCGAGCUCAAUAAGAUCAGCGGGACGUUGAAACUGUUCCGUUUCCCUUCUUUCUGCGCACUUCUGAGCCUAGGAACGUCUGAGAGGACAUUUAUCCAGAGUAUCUACAAAUCUUGUGAGGAUGACGACGAUGAGCGAGAUGCUCACCAAACUACGCCCUUGACGUCGCAAGACUAUCUCCAAGAGAUUUUGUACACAUACACCGUGAUAUUUGGCUGCGAUGGACUCAGUCGUGAUGCACUUGCGCAAGACCUCAGGAAGGGGAAUAUAGAGUUUCCUUCCUUAGCCCCAGACCCCCUUCUCCGGCGCCUUUGCGUCACCGACUGGCUCAAGGAGUCUUCCCCAGAACUCAACUUUGGCGACCUCAAGUUGUCCUACUCCCCAGAAGACGACUUUCCUUUUUUCGGCAAGCGACUUUCAGUGCUGCAGGAUUACACCCUGAUGCAGGCGCCCAAUAAUUGGACCACGUUGUGGCUGGACAGGCGAAAUCCCAGAGAAUUCUACGCAUUCUGGGCUGCAUUGAUCUUCGGCGUGUCUGCCCUCUUGUUGGCUUUCAUACAAAUAAUUGGAAUGAUUGUGCAAAUUAUUGCGCAGUAUCAGAGUAGCGGUUGA